AUGUCCCCAGAGUAUGCGAACGACACCACGAAGUUAUUCUCCAGUUCGUCUGAUGGCUACUUCUUCACCCUGCUCGGCGCAUUAGAACACCCUUUCCCUCGAGGUUCCGUGCAUAUCCCAUCAAACAACGCAUCGGUCCACCCCGUCAUUGACCCCCAAUAUAUUUCCCACCCCCUGGACCGGAAGCUACUAGGUAUCAUCGCUUUGCAUCUCCAGAAAAUCGCUCAAACUACCCCCUUGAGUGAGUUAGUUGAACAGCCCGGAUACCACAAACUCGUUGAAGUAAAUGUCGAGGAGUGGAUCAAGAAGAGCAUUCAGAGCGAGUACCAUCCAGCAGGGGCUUGCGCGAUGUUGCCGAAGGAGAAAGGCGGAGUGAUCGAUGCCAAGUUGAAGGUAAACGGGACUAGGAACCUGCGCGUGGUGGAUCCGAGCAUCUUUCCUCUUUUGCCGAGAGCGAACAUACAGACGCUGGUGUAUGCGGUGGCGGAGAGGGCAGCUAAUUGGAUCAAGUCGGAGUGCGGUGAUGACUGA